AUGCCUGUUAACAAACACCCGGCGAGGCACUCGGCGCCCAGGCUCUCGUCCGCCACAAGCACCUCAGGUCUCGGCCUGCUGGGCCCAGUUUCCCGCCGUCAGCCUCACGCACUACCACCAGCUGCUCUGUUUCCAGCUGCACGAUCUUCUCGCGUGGUUUUCUCUGCAUGGUCUUCUCGCGUGAUGUUCUCACGCUGUCUCCAGUCUCGUGGUCUUCUUGUGCUGUUUCCUUCCUUGCCACCUGCAGGGGUACUUGAACUUCCGGGAAUCAUCUCGUCUUCAGUGACUAAGGUAAACCUUUGGGUCGACUGGGGGCCACAUCUUUGGCUGAAAGCAUGUUAUGUAGCUUUGAUUAAAGACACCUACCGGUUUGGGUCCAUCUUUGGUGCUUGGCCUCGAGUGCCAGCUCUUCACUUAACCACUGGUGACUUUGGCUUCCAUGUGCUGACCCCAGCCCUUUGCCCCUGA